AUGUUCCUUCUCUUAUCCUCAUUAGCCUCUAGUGCAAGAUGGGCUGUACUUAUGGCAGGAUCAAAUGAUUGGUAUAAUUACCGCCAUCAAGCCGACAUUGCAACAAUCUAUGAUCUAUUGAUCAAUAGAUCGUUCCCAGCGGAUCACAUUAUUACAAUAGCAUACAAUGAUAUUCCAUCUGACAGUAAAAAUCCAUACAGAAACAAAUUAUUCCAUAAUGUUGAUCAUCACAACAUGUAUCAUGGUGCAUCUCAUAUUGAUUACACUGGUGGAAAGGUUACUGCACAAUCAUUCUAUGAUGUUCUCACAGAAAACAAGACAGCAGGAAAAGUCCUUGAGUCUACAGCUGAAGAUGACGUUUUUAUUUACUAUGACAACCAUGGUGCUGAUGGCAUCCUUGGUGUUCCUGAUGGUGUUCUUGAAUACAUUACAUUCGAAAGGCUUCAGGAAUGUGUCAACACAAUGCACAAGAAGGGAAUGUAUAAGCGCUUACUCUUCAUGGUUGAAGCAUGCGAAUCCGGCCACCUUCCAGGGUUCAUCAAAGCUCCAAAUGCUGUUGUAAUCACAGCUGCUAAGUAUAGCGAGUCAUCCAUGGGUUCAAUUUUUGAUCCAGAUGUUGAUAAUUACUUAUCAAACGAGUUCACAUUUGCCGCAAUCGAUUUAAUCAACCAAACUGAUUUAAAGAUCAGUGAGUUUUACGAUAAACUUGUCAAGGGAACACCAUCUUCAACUCCACAAAUUGGAGGCGGUGGCUAUGAAGCUCUUAAGGAUACCUACAUUUCAACAUGGUUUGGUGAAUAUAAGAAUGAACCAAAGAAUGUUCUUGCCAAGCCAAGACCAAAGAUUGUUGAGAAGAUGUCUCAGAGAGAAGUUUUACGUCAUCUUCUUAAGAAGCGUGGUGAUUUGCAUUCACUUAAGAAGCUCCAUGCUUUGGAUGCAAACAGAGCUAAGAUUGAAAAGAAGCUUAAGGACAUUGCAUACCUUCUCAACAUCGAUGAUUUGAACAAGGUUGAAAAUCCAACAAAGGAGAACUGGUCUUGCUUCUUCAAGGCACUUGAAGCUUUCACAAAGAAGAACGGUAACCUCCACCAGGAUGAUAUGGGACUCACAAGAAAGCUCUUAGAUAUGUGUGCUGUUAGAUCAGAAGAAAACGUUAUCAAGGCAGUUCAUGUAAUAUAA